UUCUGAAAAAAUUCAGGUUAUCGAUUAAAACAAAAAAGGAUACACCUUCUCACACGUAUAUAAGUUACUUGGUAAAGCUGCAAGUACAAGAGAAGGGAAACGAUAGAGGAAAAAAUUGAUCAUCGCCUGGGUAAAUGAAAUUAAAAAAUAAGAAGAGUCUAGCUGAUACGAUAGCUAUGGAAACGUAAGGGUUCGUCGAGAAUAAGGAACGUAGAUUUUUCAAGAUAUUCAAAAGACAAAAAAAUCAUAAUGGCAGACAACGAGAGAAUUCGCGUGGUGGUAUUGGGUGGUGCUGGAGUUGGCAAGAGUGCCAUAAUACGCCGUCUACUGGGACAAGGUUUCACAGAGAAAUACAAGCCAACCGUAGAUGAUCUCUAUUGCCGAGAAUGUGUGCUAGGAACUUUGAUACUGAAAGUGGAUCUCCUGGAUACGGCAGGUGACCUUCAAUUCCCAGCAAUGAGAAGACUCGCUAUAGCGAAUGCACACGCCUUCCUCUUGGUCUACGCGACGACCUCGCUACCUAGUUUCGAAUACAUGAAGAGGUGCUUCCAGGAAGUUCAGGAGCAAAGACAAGACUUCCAGCAAGUGCCGAUAGUAGUGGCAGGAAACAAGGUGGACAUGGCUUCUGUUAAUCGAGAAGUGCCAAUAGAGGACGUCAGCGAGUGGCUGUUUUGCGAGUUGCCAAAGUUAAGAGCGAAGGUGAUGGAAUGCUCGGCAAAGAACGAUUAUAAUAUCAAGGAAAUAUUCAGGUCCUUUGUGACAAUUUCCGUGCCGAAGAAUCCUGCAGGAGAAGCCGAUGAUUCUGGAUUGAAAAGACGCUGUUCGGCUUACGGAUCUCGCAGGUCCGGAAGUCCUGGCGGUAGAACAGGAAGUGCGGGAUCAGGUAGCCAACAGCAACUACUCCAAGCUCAAGGAUCGAGCGUGGUGACGGUGGUGGAAGAAACAAAAAGUAAACCUCGUAGUCGAAGUCUGAUACGACGAGCAUCCAAGAAGACAAAACAGCAAAUCAGAGAUGCUCACUCCGACGACUGUAACAUCUCUUAAAGCAAAGGAUUGAGUUAGUUCAUAUUUUUACCGAAUGCUGUACUGAUCCUUCGGGUAUCCUAAUGUGAAGGAAACAAUAUCUGAGGAAGAAUGUGUUUAUGAAUGGUCUGAUCAGAGGUACUUUCCAGGAUAACGAUAUGAAGAAGAAAAUAAUAAAAAAGGAAACAAGAAGCAAAAAGAGAAAGGCAAAAAGGGAUAUUCAAAGAACCAAGGCAAAUGCCAAGAAAAACGGAGCCAAUUGAGGUGUAGCGAAAUGAAACGAAAGGACGGUAGGAGGAAAGUUACGUGAGGGAGAAAUGUAGCAGAAUGAGAAGAAAUGAGGGUUGAAACAGGGUGGUGCAAGGGUUGAGGUAGGAAGGAAAGAGAGAAGUAAAUGCCGACUCUAGCAGAGAUCAAAGACCAAGCGCAAACUAACGUCGCGACAUCAGUCUCGGAAUGCAAAUAUCAAAUACGAAUUCCCGUCCGGUCUAGGUAUGCGUUGACUCAUAUGUCACUCGGUUAAUAUUAAAAAGGGUAAAGUAGCUAGGAGCUCUUUGGGAAAAUUGUAACUAGCUAUAAUAUACUGGAUCUGUCACCUUGGGAGUACAGAGGAGACGUGGGAUAUAAAAAUGUCAAAGGUCACGGGUCCUGGAGUUAAGAGGAACAAAUCUAAAACGCUUAAUCUUCACGUAUCUCUAAGUGUUAGACAAAAUCUUUAAUCUCAAUCUGAAUGUAAUAAGUAAAUAGUUGAUAAGACAGAUAAUCAAGAAUGUUUGACGAUCAGAGAAGAAUCUCUGAAGAAUCGUGUGAAAUGACUUGUUUUAAGCUUUAUCAAGCAUAAGGAAAAAAAAAACAAUAAGACCAAUUAAAACCUGAAUGGAAUCAGUUUGUAUAAAUGGAUCAGUAAAACCGAUGAAAAUCUGAAAAAUAUAAAAGCUCGGAGCGGAGUUAAUUGGCAAGACGUUUAUUGGAGGAAACUCGUAGAAGGAAAUCUGCUUAUUUCUUCAGGUAACAAAGUUAUAAAGCAAACGCCAUCUUUGACUCCAUUUAUCCAUCUGUCUGUUAUUUUGCAAUUUCUCUUCUUAAAUUCCCAGGAGCAGCCCUGCUCUCUUUGCCGUUCGUACGACUGAUUAACAAUUGCAGUCAAACUAGAUCCUUUGCUGUAUCAAAGAAUUCUGCUGGAUCUUUUUUCCUUCAAAUUCUUGUUUAGUUAUUGUAAGGACAGCACUCCAUAUAUUAUAGGAUACGUCUGACCAGGAACAAAGACGGAGUCUCUACCUGUUGAAAAAAUAAUUUAUAAUCGAUCCUACGAGAUUCUAUCUGAUCGUUUAACGAGGGGCGAAGUAAAUAAUUAUCGUAAUACUUGCAUAUAAGAAUACAUAUUACUUCGGAACAGGCCAAUGGCAUCGAGACGCUCGUGACGCCCUUCGUGCUCCUUCAUUUAUCACGGGAUAUUAAAAGUUAUUGUGGAGUAAGGGCGUCAAGCGAAUGCCUCGAUACCGAUUAUCACUGAACCGAUGCACAAAAGGGAUUGAAUAAAGAAAAAUAAUGGAAAAAAUUACUAAGCGCCAAAACAAGAGAAAUAUUGUAUCGUUAAUACUGCAUUGAUAUACAUAACACAUAUACGUACGCAUCUUUGCGGCGCCGCACGAUAUUCUUACUCUACACUGGACGUGUUAAUAUGCUUUUAUUGAUUAUUCUAGUGUUCCCUACAGAAACGAGGGAAUCGCGUUAUUCUUCAUUAUAGAAAUGUACGAGCUUCGUACCUCGCACUGACUUGCCCUCUUACAAUUACGUAUUGAUUACCGUCCCAACCUCAAAAGAGAAUAUAUUUUUCUUUUUAACGAACUUUCGACUGAGAAACAAAAGAAGACUCGAUACGUCUGUCUCUGAUUUAAACAAGUUUAAUUAUUAAUUUUAUUAUGAAAAAAGAAGAAAAUUACACUUUUGCUCCUCUUCUCUGUAAUCGAUAUAAUUAAUCAACGGACUUGGCUCUUUAUCAAAUGUCAGAAAAAGCACGAGUUCGUGUAACUGAUUAUAGAAUUUAAAGAUUUCACUUAUUCUGAGACUUAAUGUAUUGUUCAAAUGAAAGGAUCCCGUAGUGGAAUAAACAAAUCUUUCUACAUAUUAACGACAGUCAAGAAGGCCAAGCUAAAAAUCAUAAAAAUCGUGCUAAAAUAAAAUCAAUAGUCAUAACUCGCUGAAGAAAUUAGAUUCUCUAGUGAAUACCCAUAAGAAAAAGAAACGAACGAAAUUGAACACUUUCCCAUAUCUAUAUCUAUAUCGUCGAUAUUCAUAUCUGUAAUCUAUCUGUCUAACUGUCUAUCCGUCUAUCUGUCAAUCUGUCUAUCCGUUUAUGCGUAACGAAUAACAAUUCUCGAGCUGGUCGACAAAGUUUUUAGGUUAUUGAGAUAUACCUGAAAGUUGCAUUGAUAAAUUCCAGCGUAGCGAUGAGCGAUUUGCUUUAACGGAAACGUCUUGUAAAACAAGAUAGCCACUUGGACGUCUCGUUGGACCAAUUUUAUUGAAUGUCUUAUUGGUGUUACUAUAGAAAUAAGCACAAAAUAUCCUUUACGUAUUUCUCGCACGUCACUGUGUCUGUUGACUUUUAAAGUCACAAUAGGAAUAAGACCAGAGAUCGUAUACAAGAAUUUGAGAUAUAUGUAUGAUCUUCUCCGAGGAUCAGAUUAAAUCUAAUAUCCAUCCGUUUUGCCAAAUCAAAGAAGGCGGCGAUGCGUCUUUUGAAUCUACCAGCAAGAAGCAACAUGGCGGAGCGUGAACGCCCCGCGAAUCUCAGGACUCGUUUAGCCGGACGAAUAAAAAGAUGAUAAACAAAGAUGGAAAGGAUACCAGUUAUUAUCAAUAAUAUUUAAGUGUCGGACAUUAGCGCGAGAUUAAUCGCGAGAGUCUACUUUUGUACAGCAGCUUUAUCCGUUCGUACGAUAUGACGUAUUUGUAUCUCGCGUAUUGUCGUGCCCUCUGAAGUCUAUCGAAAAAUUAGACUUCGGCUAAGCCGAAGUAAUGAUAACGCGCGUUUUACGAUAUCGUUCAAUGAAACAAGAAAAGGAAAGACGAAAAGUGAUUUAAGGUACGCCAAUAAAUCCAUUUUAAAUGUAA